GCCGGCCUGGGUCUGCGUUGGCCAAGCAGCUUCUCGGUCGCCAGGUGGAGGAGUAUGAGCGCGGCCACGGCGCUGGGCCGCAAGGCAGCAUCCGCUUCAAUCCUGUGGUCUCCUUGCUUGCUGCCGGGGUCCUCUGGGGCUUCGUGCUCUAUGCGGUUUUGGACGACGAGGCCGUGACGGUCUUCGGUGAGUGGCAGUCCUGGGUCACGAGCACAUUCACCUGGCUCUACAUCGUUUCCCAGGACUACUGGCUUUUCUACCUCUUCCCCUUGUGCUACUACUACGGUGACAUGAAGCUGGGUCAGGACGACGAGGAGCCCGAGUACGGCGACCUGACCUACUUGGCCAUGGUCUGGUGUGCGGGUGUGGCCAUCGGCUUGAUCUUCUACGGUGUUUCAGAGCCCCUGACCCACUCCGUGGAUGCAACCAACAAGUACAACAACAACGGGUACUUCAACGAGAAUGAGAUGGCCAUCAACGGCCUGCACAUCACACUCUUUCAUUGGGGUUUCCUGGCUUGGAUUGUCUAUGCCAUCACUGCACUGACCAUGGGCUUCCUGUCCUACCGGAAGGGACUUCCACUGUGCUUCCGUACCACGUUGGCCCCUCUCUUCGGCAAGGCAACCUGGGGUUGGAUGGGGGAUUUGCUGGAUGUCCUGACCAUCGUCACCAUCGUCGCAGGGCUCUGCACGUCUCUGGGCCUGGGUGCCCGCCAGAUCGUCGGCGGCCUGCAACGCCUCGAGUGGCUCGAUGGCAGCCUGACCGAGGACGAGCUGACCAACACUGCCGCGGUGGUGAUCGCCAUCAUCACGCUCUGCGCCACGCUCUCUGUCGUUGCCGGCUUGGAGUUCGGCAUCAAGACGGUCUCCUACACGGCCUUCAUGUGCGGCAACGUGCUGAUGAUGGUCGUGUUCGCUUUGGAUGAGCCGUGGUACAUCCUCAACGUGAUCGUCCAGACAGUCGGUUACCACCUGAAUCACUUCAUCGAGAUCGCCUUCGACACCGAUGCCUUCGCCCAGAUGGAUUUGGGAAAUGGGCGGCCCAACGAUGGCAAAGGCGCCAACCCAUCCUGGAUGGACUGGUGGACCAUCUUCUAUUGGGGCUGGUGGAUCGCUUGGGCCCCUUUCGUCGGCACUUUCAUGGCGCGCAUCUCUCGUGGACGCACCAUCAAGCAGGUGGUCAUGUACACCCUCACCCUGCCCUUCAUGUACGCUGUGCUGUGGUUCUGCAUCUUCGGUGCAGCCGGCAUCCGCAUGAACCGCCGCGCCAUCUGGUUGGAGAACAUCNNCAAUGCGGACUACUUCCUCCACACGGACACGACCUUCCGGCCCAGUGGGGCAGGCAAGUGCUUCGAUGUGCCGGCGAGCAUCCCCGGCGAAGCCUUUGCCGCCUACUCCGUGAACAUCAACGUGAGUCCCGUCUGCAAGUACUCCGGCGGAGAUUCCUCAGGAUACUGGUUUGACCUCAUGGGCCAGUAUUACGGCAUGGGCCAGGCUCUGACCUUUGUGUCCAUUGUCACCACCAUCCUCUAUUUCGUGACUUCGAGCGACAGUGGAUCCCUGGUGGUGGACCUGAUUGCUGCCAAUGGCCGCGAAGCGCAUGUGGUGCAGCGUGUCUUCUGGGCCUUCACCGAGGGAGCGGUGGCCAUUGCCUGUCUGUUGUCUGGUGGCUUCAGCUCACUGACCGCGCUGCAGGCCGUCUCCAUUGUGAUGGGCCUUCCCUUCACGGUUGUCAUGAUGAUGAUGUGCACCUCCCUGUGGCGGGCGCUGAAAAUCGAGGCCGGCGAGAUCGCCCCGAGAGGUCAGAGAACAGACUGGAAGAUGCCGAUGUACGGUGGCAUCUUCGAUGCCCCCGAAUACUUGCUGAGUUCCUUUAGGUCCCCCCUGCCUUCCAUGAACACUUGUGGGACCUUCGUCUUGGCAACGCUGGCACCGCCCUUGGUCUUCUGGCGCUCGAUGAGGGCCAUGUCCAAGUACGAGAAGGGUGAAGGAACCAGCGCAUUCCUGCACGGCAUGCUCACCGCCACGCUGGGCGUCUUCUUCAUGGCCUUCGUCAUCCUGCACAUCGUCUCGUGGGUGUUUCAGGCGGACGCAGCCGGUGCAAAGGAGGGCAAGGCGAUGUUCUGCUUCGCUUGGAUUGCAUACCUCACCUUUGCCUCCAUCCUGUCUUUGGGUCGUCACCAGAUGCGGAGACUCUACGCCAUCGAAGGUUCCGGCAUCGAGGACAUCUGCGCG